GGGGAUACCCUCCGCCAUGUCUGCUAACCAGUGAUGUCAUACUACGGCCUGGUGACGUCAUAUACUGCUGCAUAUAUCCAUGGGAGUGGUCUCCAGUGACUUGUUAGAAGGUCAUGGCUGACCAGACGUCUCUGCAGGAGCGCCCCCCUACUCAUCGCCGUCGGCCGGCUCCACGCCCGCCCCGCGGCCCCAACGACAUUUACGUUAAUACAAAGACGGAUUUCCGGGCCCAGCUGUCCCGAUGUCGUCGCCUCCUGGAGAGCGGGGGGCAGAAGGAGCUGAGGGUGCACGGGCUGGGCCUCGCCAUUGGCCGUGCGAUUAAUCUGGCCUUACAGCUGCAGCUCGCCAUGCCUGAAACUCUCCUCCUGUCCGCCAGCACCUCCACCGUGGAGCUGACCGAUGACCUGGAGGCCGAGGGAGGAGAGGACGGAGAACCGGGCACCCGCAACAGGAACAACUCUGCCAUCCACAUCCGAGUGUACCGAGCCCAUGAGGAGUGAGCGGUCACAUGGCGUAACGUAUCGCUGACUCUGCACCCUGCUCUUUUUGUGCCGAGACGGAGAUACAUCCUGUCUUAUACUCCAGUUGCACCCAGAGCUGCAUUUACACUUGUUCUAUUGUGGUGUACUCCAGUCACAUCAGGAUCGGUAGGUGCUGGAAUACACGCUGAUGUGAUGACUGCAGCAGGGCAUGCUUGGCACAGACCGCUCAGCCAGUCUUAAGAGUACAGACUGCAGCAUUGGUUGCGACUGGAGAAGACAUGAGCCAGCACUUAGACUUUGCCGGAUGUUUAUGCUGUGACUUGUGUCGUCAUCCGGAGCUGAGAAAUCAAUAAUAAUUAUCAAUGUCAGAAAAUUA